AUGGGUGAACUGGAGGCUGAGAGAGACGCACUGGAGCACUUCGUCGCUUCAGGAAGAGCCGGUAGGCGUAACGCCUUGCCCGAAAUCGAGGUGGAGACAAAUGAUCCAGGAGCUGCUAAACUAGCUGAACGACUAUCUGAUUUAUCAGCACAAUGUGAUGAUAAUGUAGAAUCCCGACAACAUCAUAACGAUCAACAUGAGAUUUGGGGAAUGUCCUUAGAAUCAAUUAUGAUAGAUGUGCUUUCAUGCAUCGCAUCAGAAUCUAAACUUAGCGAUAUCCGGAAAAUUCUCAAUAAUCUCGUCUGA